AUGGUUUAUUCCACCCUGGAACAGUCGCCGCCGCUCGACUUGUCGCAUCAUUUCUCGGCGGUGACCAAGCGACGAGAAAAUAGUCUGGUCAAGAGUCUGUACAAAUAUAUGAUUCGACCCAAUGUUGAUAACAUGGCCGGUGGCCUGCCAAAUGCGUCAUACUUCCCCUACGAAACCCUCGAGGCCACCGUCGCCCACCCGCAGCGGUUUGCGGUGAGUCCCACGACGGGAGGAGAGGACGCGCGGGCCACGGACCGCAUGGUCGUUCCCAAAGAAACGCCCCGUGCCAGCGCUGUCCGGAAGAUCGAUGUCGCCACAGCGUUGCAGUAUGGUACCUCAGAGGGCUUGCCUGCUUUGGCUACCUUUGUCCGCCAAUUCACCCGCGAACAUCUCCACCCAAAUAUCCCCUAUGCCGGGGGGCCAGCGACCCUGCUUACAACGGGGGCGACCGACGGCCUGGCCAAGGCAGUCGAAACCUUCACAACCGCCUGGGAUCCUCGUCGGGACUGGAUCAACCAGCGUGAGGGCGUGCUCUGCGAGGAGUUUGUCUUCAUGAAUGCCAUCCAGACCUUCCAACCCCGGGGCGUCAAUGUCGCCACCGUCGCCAUCGAUGCGCAGGGCAUGCUCGCUCACGGCAAGGGUGGACUGGCGGAUGUCUUAGAGAAUUGGGAUUUCAAAAAAGGUCGUCGGCCGCAUUUGAUGUACACCAUCACAAUCGGCCAAAAUCCCACGGGUGGUAAUCUGUCCGUAGAACGUCGCAGGGAGAUCUAUGCAUUGUGCCAGCAAUACGACAUCCUGAUCAUCGAAGAUGACCCGUACUGGAACCUUCAGUACCCGUCGGCGGCGGCCACGGAGGCCCAGUAUCGCGGCUCGCCACUGGCGGUCCACCCGACGCCGCGCAACUACAACGCCCACGGUCGGUCGUCCGGGUACGCGUUCCUGGACUCGCUGGUCCCCUCGUAUCUGUCAAUUGACACGGACGGACGCGUCGUGCGCUUGGACACCUUCUCCAAGACGAUCGCCCCGGGGUGUCGGCUGGGGUGGAUAACCGCCCAGCCUGCCUUCAUUGAGCGGAUGACCCGUAUCACAGAGACGAGUACCCAGCAGCCGUCCGGAUUCGUGCAGGCCAUGGUGGCUGAGUUGAUCCUGGGUCAGCAGGUGGAGUCAGAUGGAGGUGCAGCAGCAGCCGGUAGGAAUCAUGGUAGUGGCAGUGGUAGUAAACCGCGUAAGGGCGAGAAGCAGCGCGCCUGGCAGAUGGAUGGCUGGGUGCGAUGGCUGGAAGGGCUGCGCGCGAGCUACGAGCAGCGCAUGCGCGACAUGUGCACGGUGCUAGAAGAAGGGAAGUACCUGGUUGAUGCAGACUUCAAUCGUGGUCCCUCGCCGCAUGAGGUCUUUGGUGCUGCAGACGCAGACGCAGACGCAGACGCAGGUACCUGGGAGGUGCUGGAUAAGGUGCAGAUGUAUGAUUUCACAUGGCCCAUGGGAGGGAUGUUCGUGUGGCUCAAGAUCAGCAUCGAGACGCACCCCUUGCUGCAGACGUAUGGGGCUGAGAGACUGAGUAAGGCGCUCUGGCUUCAACUCAUGGAGGAGCCUUAUCUGUGUCUAGUGAGUCCCGGAUCGUUGUUCGCGCCGACCUCUGCGACCAAGAUUCGCUCGCAGCAGUAUUUUCGGCUGUGCUUUGCGGCGAUGCCGGCCGAGGAGGUCGCCGGCAUUACUCGGCGGUUGGUGGACGGUUUCCGGGCGUUCUGGAAAAGGAAGAACUUGGAUGGAUUGGAGGAUGAAGAGGCCAUGAUGCAGAGGCUGCAGCGCAUAUCAUUCCCCUCACCACCCCCUCCAACCGGAAUCAAAUUCGCAGUCGCCAAGACUGACCACGACAUACAACAACAACACCUCCGCCACUUCCCCUCCCCCACCCCUCCUCUUUCCAACAUGUCACCUCUAAACCCCGACCUCGCCGAAGAAAUUGAAGCCAUAACCGCCAUCUACGACCCCGAAACCAUCACCAUCAGCAGCAACAGCGACACCCCAACCACAAAGGCCCCCGGUCCCUCCACCCUCACCCUGGGCGGCAGCGCAACCCCUCCUACCGACACAGCACAAAACCGUACAGCUACAGCAACACCGACAACGACCCUCCGCCUCCAAAUUCCAAACCACCCGCACCUCUCCUUCCUCCUCGGCUUCUCGCCCUCCUACCCCGACGCUCCCCCGCUCAUCCUCGGCACCGCCUCCACCGCUGCCCGCGGGGAGGGCAAACUUGCCGUCGAUAUUCUCAGUGAUAUUCUGGGAAGGGUAUAUACCGCCGGAUCGGUGUGUCUAUUUGAUUUGAUCUCGGAGGCGGAGGCGGUGUUUACGGAGUUGGGGGUCGGUGGUGGCGGUGCCAGUGUUGAUUCGAAUAGUGGUGAUGGUGGGAAUGGGACGAGGAGUGAUUCGCAGCACGAAGAGGUUGACGACACAAAACUCAACAGCGCGACGGGAUUCGCGUCUUCUUCGGUACAACUACACGAAACAUUCGGUCUCGAGGCCCCGCCCGAAUGGGUCCUUUCGGACGUGAUCACGGAGAAGAAAUCCGUGUUUGUGGGGAGGGCGGCGCAGGUGAGUAGUCUGGACCAGGCGAAGGGGUUCUUGGAUUACUUGCUGGCGACGGAUAAGAAGGUGGCUGGGGCGACGCAUAAUAUUAGCGCGUGGAGGAUUAGGGAGAGGAAGGUUGGUGGUGGGAAUGGCAAGAGUGGGAGUAGUCAUGCGGCGGUUACUACGGGCGAUGAUGCUGCGGCCGGCGGGGAUGUGUCGAUUGUGCAGGACUGUGAUGAUGAUGGGGAGACGGCGGCGGGGGGUAGGUUGCUGCAUCUGAUGCAGUUGAUGGAUGUCUGGGAUGUGGUGGUCGUGGUGACGCGGUGGUAUGGCGGGGUUUUGCUGGGGCCGGAUCGGUUUAGGAUCAUUAAUGCUGCUGGGAGAGAUGCGCUGGUUAAGGGUGGGUUUGUGAAGGAGUCGGGUGGGGGGAAUGGGGAGGGGGCGAAGAAGAAGAAGGGGAGGAAAUGA